UGAUUGCACUGUACAUACAUUAUGAGUUCUGCCUUUUCUUUGUUACAUAAAAUAAACGAUUUCACACUACCAUUUCGGUCUGCAGAGUAUUAUCUUGUCAGCUUGGCGCCCCGCGUUAAACUUUCCGCAUAAACAGCGACAGCAGAAAGCAAACGUAGAAAAAACAACAAGUGGAGCAGUCGCAGUACCUUCCUCCAUUCAUAUUCAUAGAGUUGGCCCCGCAUGUCAGGCCACUCUUUGAACUCACACACACACGCAAGCACGCACAACAAAUACACACAAACGCAUAUAUAAGCAGCCUGCGCAGGUGGCGCACUAAACAUACGAACGACAGGAAGCUUUUAGAAGAGAUGUCGCGAUGCCGUUAUGUGGAGCCGCUCUGGACGACAAAGAAGACAGCAUCCCUGCUGCUUCUGCUGCUGCUUCUCUUGCUGAGCGAGACGGCGACGUCAGCGGAUAGCGAUGAGAACAGAAUCACCAGAUGGACAUGCACUCCUACAGAUUUAUGCCUGGUAGACUCCAGCCCCAGUGCGUCGAGAAUGCAGGACCAGCAACGCUUUGAGAGUCAGCGGGACUGUCGCCUAUCCUGUGGCAAAUACGGAUCGAUUUGGCCCAUGCCCACAGGUGAUUGCAGUCUCUCGCAUGACCGCGUCCACUUCGAUCCCUGGAAGGUGCGCUUCAAUGUGGUGGCGCCUAGUGAGGCAACCACACAAUUUCUGCGCGAGACCAAUCGCCACUUUGUGAGCAAUCUGCUCAAAGAGUGCACCCGAAACUGCACACUGGAGCCCAGCAAGGAGGUGCUGGUCAAGGCGACUGUGACCACAAAUACUCUACAGCUAGACUGGCACACCGAUGAGAGCUAUAUGCUUGUGGUGCGGACCACAGCCACCGCCACCUUCGUGGACAUCAAGGCGGCAACGGUGUAUGGGGCCCGUCAUGCCUUCGAGACGCUGAGUAAUCUGGUGGCGGGCAGCGAGUCGCAUGGGCUGCUCCUGGUGAGUGGUGCGAGGGUGCACGAUCGUCCCCAAUAUCCGCAUCGGGGCAUACUGUUGGAUACUUCGAGAAAUUAUAUGCCACUGCGAUAUAUACGCAGCACCCUAGACGGCAUGGCCGCCUCCAAGAUGAACGUUCUCCACUGGCAUGUGGUGGACACGCACAGCUUCCCUCUCGAGAUCACACGGGUGCCGGAGAUGCAACGCUUCGGUGCCUACGGGCCAACGCAGAUCUACUCGCGGGCAGACACUGUAAAUCUUAUCAAAUAUGCACGACUGCGGGGCAUUCGGAUCCUCAUAGAAAUCGAUGGACCCUCACAUGCUGGCAAUGGCUGGCAAUGGGGGCCGGCGGCGGGACUCGGAAACAUGUCCGUCUGCCUCAAUAAUAAGCCCUGGCGUAAUUUCUGUGUGCAACCCCCGUGCGGUCAACUGAAUCCGGUUAACGAUCACAUGUAUGCCAUUUAUAAGGAGAUCAUGGAGGAUUUGGCAGAGGUGGGGGCACCCGAAGAAACGUUGCACGUGGGCGGAGAUGAGGUCUACUUGCCUUGCUGGAAUAAUACGGAGGAAAUAACGCGUCGCAUGCGUGAAACAGGCUAUGAUUUGAGUAAAAAAAGUUUCCUGAAGCUCUGGUCACAGUUCCAUCAGCGAAAUCUAGAGGCCUGGGAUGACAUCAAUCAGCGUCUAUAUCCCAAUAUUGUGGAGCCAAAGCCAAUGAUCGUCUGGUCUAGUUUAUUAACAGACCCCGACUACAUUGAAGAAUAUCUGCCCAAGGAGCGCUUUAUAAUACAGACCUGGGUCGGUAAAGACGACAAACUUAAUCGAGAUCUCGCCAAGCUCAAUUAUCGCCUGAUAAUAUCGACCAAGGAUGCCUGGUAUUUGGAUCAUGGUUUUUGGGGUAGCACUAAGUACUAUAAUUGGUUGAAGGCCUACAACAACCCCAUGCCGCAGGGCACCCGUCCUGGUCAGGUGCUCGGAGGGGAGGCGUGCAUGUGGAGCGAAUACGUGGACCAGAAUUCUGUGGAGGCGCGUAUUUGGCCACGUGCCGGUGCCGCCGCCGAACGCCUUUGGUCCAAUCCCAAAACCUCGGCUCUACUUGCCCAGCAGCGUUUCUUCCGCUACCGCGAUCGACUUAUCGCACGUGGCAUUCAUCCGGACGCGGUGAUUCCACGUUGGUGUGUCCUUAAUGAGGGUCAGUGCCUGUAGCAUGGCGCAAUAGAGAAUGGUAUGGGCUCUACGGCCGCGACUUUCGGAGAUCUACUAGCUGGAAGAUCAUAAAUUAUGUAAACGGUCACACUGAAGAGCAAUUGAAAAAUUCUGGCAACGCCAACUCCUGCUACAGGCAGGCGGACUGAAGAAACUCCGCAAGCCCACACCAUGUAUUGUUUUGCUAUGUAUUCAGGAUUCCUUCAAUCCAUACUUGUAUAAUGUUUUUAAGUAAACUGUUUUAUUAUUUAAAAGUGUU